AUGGCUACUACUUCCACAGGUCUCGUUUCCUCUACCAAGCAUGUUGUUGUUACUUACCCAGUCAUCAUUCUUGUGGGUCUGUUGGUGAUUUCGCUGGUAUACAACAGGCUCAGACCAGGGCUCAGAAAUAUCCCCGGUCCUCCAGUCGCAGCCUAUACCAAAUUCUGGAGGCUGUAUGAUGUCUACAAAGGGCACGCCCACAUCACCGCCAUCGAUCUGCACAAAAAGUACGGCCCCGUGGUACGCAUUGGACCCAACCACGUGUCCAUCUCCGAUCCUACAUUGAUACCGGUCAUAUAUGGGAUCAAGGAGAACUUUACCAAAACGGCCUUCUAUCCGAUACAAUGCAUCUCGUGGAAGAAAAGGCCAGAGAUGAAUCUCUUCUCGACCCGCGACCCGGAAUACCAUCGUAUCGAGAAGCGCAAAAUCGGGGCCGCCUAUAGCUUGCCGAAUCUAUUACAGUCAGAAGCCGCCAUUGAUUCCUGUGUUAACCUGUUCAUGGACCGCCUCAAUGAAUUUGCUUCAAAAAGAGAGCCCGUGGACCUCGGUGCCUGGCUACAAUACUUUGCCUUCGAUGUUGUCGGAGAGGUGACUUUCGCAAGCAAGCUUGGGUUUCUUGAGCAAGGUAAAGAUGUCGAUGGCAUGAUGAAAGCAAUUGAAGGCAUGCUUGCGUAUGCAGCACUCUGUGGUCAGGUCCCGGAGCUGCACCAUGCUCUCCUCGGAAACCCACUCUUCACCCGCCUCAUGCCCGCCAUGGAGACCUGGAACCAAGUGCUAGUAUUCACCCUCAAGGCGAUCAACGGACGGGCAAGCAUCAAACGAGACGGCGAGCUGAUCAACGCCGACGUCGAAGGUCGUGACAUGCUUAGUCGCUGGGCAUAUGUCAAGUCCUCCGAUCCCCUCAAGAUGAAUACUCGCGACAUUGUGGUUCACCUGUCGACAAAUGUUUUUGCCGGCAGUGAUACGACAGCUAUCGCACUUCGUGCCAUCAUCUACUUCCUCUGCCGCCAUCCAGAGUGUAUGGAUCGCCUGGUUGGUGAGAUCGAAAACGCAGACAAGCAGGGGAAACUCAGUCAACCCAUCACCUUCAAAGAAGCCACCACGCUACUUCCUUACCUAGGUGCCGUGGUCAAGGAAUCCAUGCGCCUUCAUCCCUCGGUUGGCUUGCUCAUGGAGCGACAUGUCCCAGCUGAAGGCCUCACCGUCCAGGGUUACCACAUCCCCGCGGGCACCAUCGUGGGUAUCAAUCCUUGGGUUACUAAUCGCUUAGAUGUCUUCGGCCCAGAGCCGGAAAAAUUCAACCCAGAUCGAUGGUUGACGGCGGCCGAGACCCAGCUGAAGGAGAUGGACACCAUCUGGGAGCUGAACUUUGGCGCAGGUAGCCGCAAGUGUAUUGGUCGCAACAUCUCCUGGAUCGAAAUCCACAAAGUCAUACCUGAGCUGCUCAGACAAUAUCAUGUCGAGUUGACAUACCCAGAGAAGGACUGGCACAUCUGCAACCAUUGGUUCGUACAGCAGGAGGGCGUCAUCUGCACCUUGAAGAAGAGGUGA